AUGAUCAGUGGGGCGCAAGAUGGGUCUGCUUCCCUGGAUAUGGAGUUCCUUACUACUGCGGUGGACUUUGCCCCUGGUAAGGGCAUAGCCAUGUUUUCUCUGACUUUGCUAGUAUGUAAACGUGGCGAAGGGUAUGGCCAAAUGCUGACAGCAAAAACGCAUGUGAUGGCUGCAGGGACAGCCCUCAUGCUUGAGAACUUGCGCCUUUUGAACGUGCGCUUUGCGUCGGAGCCGCUUCUUUCUCUACCGGCCUUCAAUACGAAACAGCUGGUGAUGAAGUCGGUAUCGAUCGAGACGGAUUGCCUAUCUCUCUCUACGCUCCUUGCCUCAAACCUAGCUGGCUCCGUGCACGGGCCGACGUACCUCUUCAUCGGAAGCUACUUAUCGAAUACUGUAUCGGCGUCCUCGGUCAACAUCACCUGUAACUUGCCCGCCAUCACAACGACAACAGUUGACGUGGACUACGUCGCAUUAGUGAGCAACAGCUUGGAGCUCUACAACGCUCUGGCUGCUUACGCCACAGGAAUCCCAGCCAACGGCAGCCGGAGCAGCCUAACCAUUUAUGCUGACCGAAACAUCACCAUGACUCCCGGCUUGUGGAAGCGCGCCAUCCCGCUUUACGUCACUCGUAAUGUCACUCUCCGGGGCUCUGCUGGUUCCGUCAACCUCUUGGACCUGCAAUGCGUCGUAAACGCCAACUGGUUCUUUCAAUUCGUCAGUGAGUACCAGUACUUCCGAUUGUGGACCUUGUUGACCACCACCGAGGUCCACCUAGACGAAGUCGGGGCGCAGCUCCGGGCGACGACGGUCCGAAUUAACUUCACCUCCUCGACGAACGAGACGUUGCGGUUCAGUCGGCUGACUGGUACCGGCCUGGACAUGAUCAACAUCAACCUCACCUCCGUCGUACGGGCAGUGCCGUACAAUCAUCUCGUACUCGAUAACCCAGUGAUCAUUCAGUCUUUUGGGCUCGCAGCCAACCUCACGCUUCUACCCGUCUACGACCUCUCUGAUUUGAUGACCCUUUUUAGCGCCAUGCAGACCACACCCAUAUCUGAGGGCGUCGUGAUGUGCAUCCUCAGCAACAUCACAAUAGACCCCGGGGUGUGGCCCUCGGGGGGCUACAAUGUCGCGCAGCCGGUCCUGAUUGUGGGGCAAAGCAACGCUGGCCGGAUGACGUGGAUGGACUUCCAGCGCGUGCCCAACUUUGUGCGCGUCACGGGCUGCGUACCCUCCGAGUAUAUGUACGUCCAGGGUAUGCACCUGAUCAACUUCCCCAACGGGCUGCUGCAGCCGCCUGCGGGGUCGGCGCUGGCGGGUGCUCAGGCGGCCGGUCUGGGCGUCGACGACGUCUCCAUCUACCUGACCAACUUCCAGGGCGUCAGUACCUGCGGGCCCGCCGGCGUGCCGAGGCUCUUUUUGAACCAGUCUAUUUUGAUCAUCACAUACACGGAGUUUCGACUGACGUACAAUGUGGUGAUGCGGACGGUGGGCGGUACGUCGUUGAAGGGCAGUGGCGCAGUGGUCGGCUCGCUGUUCUUCUACGACCUCUUCACGGUUGUGGCGGAUUACAUUACCUUUGUGAACAUAACUGGCUGGGGCUGGAACGGCUGGCUUGUGAACCUGACCUACUCUUGCCCGUCGGAUGUGCCUUUGCUGUACAAUAACGCCUACGAACCCUUGGUGGCGCACAUGGAUGAGCACGGCGGCGGCAGCAGAAGCAGCAGCCUUCUAGGUUGGCAGAUUGCGCUCGUCGUCAUCGGCUGCGUGCUCUUCGUGGCCCUUGCGGCGAGCCUUAUCGCCUGGCGCACCAGCGUGCGCCGGCUGCGCCAUGAGGUGGAGGCCGUCAAAAGCGGCGGCACGGAUAAAAAGUCCAGUAACGGCUCGGCUGAUGCAGACACCGGUAGCGCCGGCGGCCGGCUGGGAAGCAGCGCCGCGGGGGUUGGCGGCGGGGGGAACCAGCUAGACGUCGGCACGCAGGGUUCUGCGCCAGCGGCGGUAGUCAAGGGCUCUCAGAACGGCGGCGCUGGCGGCGGCGGUGGCACCAGCGACGACUCGGGGGCGGCCAUGCAGUACGACAAGCCGCCGCUGGAGGUGUUGAACAGCAUGAUGGCGACGCUGACGCAGGAGAUGGACGAUCAGCACUUGACGAUUCUGGAGGUCAUUGGGCAAGGCGGCUUUGGCGUUGUGUAUCGGGGGAUGUGGAAGGGUUUGAACGUGGCCGUGAAGACGAUUACGUUUCAGGACCGCGUGGCGGGUGGCGAAAAGGCGCAACACCGGGCCAUCUUGGAGGCUGCGAUAUCCUCAUCUCUGGCUCAUGUAAGUGUCGAUGAUGAGGGUGGUGGUGGGCACAAAGCCGCCGCCCAACGUCGUGACAACGUACUCGUACGACAUAAAACCGUUGACCUAGCUACGCGUCGCAUGGGCGAUACAGGGGUGCAAGCUGCACCUAAGCUGGACAGCCUGGAUUGCGCCAGCGGCCAGACCGCUGCGGGCAGCGGCGGCGGUGGAGGCGGCGGCGGACUUAAGAUUAUCGACAAGCGCACCGUCUUAGACUGGAAGCUCUACCUCAUACAGGAGUACUGUGACGGGGGCUCCCUGCGGACUGCGAUCCUUAAGAGGAAGUUUUUCGACGCGAAGAAGGGAGAGCCCCGCUUGGAAAUGAUCUUGGACACCUGCCUGGAGCUAACGGGCGGCCUCGUGCACUUGCAUGAACGGAACAUCAUUCAUGGCGAUUUGAAUCCCAACAAUGUGCUGCUUAAGCGCGACACCGGGAAGAAGUACGGCGCGAUCUGCAAGAUUGCAGACUUCGGGUUGAGCAUUAAGAUGAAUGCGGACCAGAGCCACAUCAGCAACAUGCGGAGAGGCACGCCUUUCUACACUUGCCCUCAGAUCUUGGCCCGGGGAAAUAUGACCAAGGCGGCGGAUGUGUACUCCAUGGGCGUCAUGAUGUGGGAGAUGUAUCAUUGCUGCAUGUCGUACCGCUCGCUACCCUCCGGGUUCGCCGCCCGAGAGAACUUCCCCGCCUUCUCGCGUAAGGCCCCCCACGACUUUGCGCACCUGCUUCGCACGGAGCUUGAGGCGCAGCUGCAGGCGCUCAAGCGCGGGGAGAUGCGCACCGGUGAAGACGUCCUGGGGCCCGACCCUGCAGGCGAUGCGGCGCAUAUGGCUGCCUGCCAGGACUAG